UUUAAGUCUAGGUACGCUCCUUGGCUUAUCCAGUCGCUCGUCUGACCAUUAAUUUCUAAUACGUAUGCUUCGUCCUAGAGUAUAUCGGACCGGUCUGUAUAGAUGUGAGUGGAGGGCUUGUAAAUACCCCGGCGAAUUUUCGCGUGAGGCAGAAUUGAUGAGGCAUAUUCGGUCCAAGCAUGUCUGUCCUGGUUUGUACGAGUGCCCAGAAGAAAACUGCAGAAGGAUGUUCAACCGAAAGGACAACAUGAUGGAACAUUUUCGACGGAUGCAUUAGAGCGGCAAUCCUCAAGAUCAAGACUUCCUGUUUCUCACUUUUUCCUUCCAAAGCACACCUUCGAUAGUUGAGCAUAUCUCGG